AAGACAGAAUCUAACAUUUAAAGAAUUAAUCAAAGAUUUUCAAAAUGAUCAUUAAAUUUACAAAAAUAAUUCACUGCUCAUCUGAACAUCCAUCUUAUCCUGCUUCUAAUCUAUUGGAUCACCGUAAAAACACUUCAUGGAGAUGUGCAAAGCCUGGAGAAAUGUUAGCAACGGUUACCUUUCAAUUAGCUGAACCUUCUACUAUAACAGGAAUUGAUAUUGGUAAUUAUCGGUCUUGUGUGGUUAUUGUUACUGCAUCUACAUCUACAGAUCCAGACACUUGGCUUCCUAUCGUACAACAUCAAUUCAUGAAUAACGAUGAGGCUGCGAAUGGUAAAUUCAAAGAUCAAGUACAGUUGUUCACUAAAAAGGAAUUAAAUCCAGAUAAAAUAAAAACAAAAUUUGACCGAAUUAAAGUUACUUGUAUGCAGUCAGCUAACUUGAAGGAAUUAUUUGGUCUAAUGUUUUUCAUAGCAAAAACAGAAGUAAUGGUUGAUUUAGGGCUAGACGUUUUUGGGCGAUUCAAAUUAAAACAAAAAGAAGAAAAUGAUGGCAAACCUCCGAUAGAUGAAUUCAAAGAGAAAUAUCUUAAAAUGAUGGCGAAGAAGAAAACGGAACUAAAUCUUAAGGAUGAUUUACUUAAAAAAGCUAAAGAAAGCGGUAUGAUGGCUUUCUCUAAACGCCAAGAAGAAAAUAGGGAACCAAUGAAAAGACCAUUAUUGGAAAAAUUAGAGGCUGGUAAGACUGAAGAAGUAUUUGGAAAUCAAAAUAAAACUCCUCCAUCAAAUAAAUAUGAAUUAACUACAGAUAUAGCAAUAGCUAAUGCGACAGAGAUGAAGGAUAAACAAAAUGAAAAUGUUAUGCGUACUCCAUUUGGAGACAUAAUACCUUCUUCAAAUUCAAAGAGAAAUAGUAUUGAUAAUGUAGAAUCUAAAAAACGUCCUUUGACUUCGGAGGAAAAGAAUAUACAGAAAAAAGUGAAAAAGGAAUGUCCAAAAUGUACGAUAGAAUCAGAUGAUAAACCAUGUGCACAGUGUGGACGCUUGGCACAACCUGUACCACUUUCUCCUUCUAUUACUAAAGUUACCAAAAAUAAACCUAAGAAAUUAUUUUCUCAACUUUUUCAAGAUAUAACUUUUUCUCUUAGUGGAUAUGUUAAUCCUCAAAGGGACGAAAUAAGAAGAAAGGCAAUUAAAAUGGGUGCCACAUAUAUUGCUAAUCCAAACACUACUAAUAAUUUAUGUACACACUUAAUCUGUGCUUUUGCUAAUACACCAAAAUUUCAACAACUGAAGAAUCAUUCUAAAAUAGUAUCACAUAAAUUUAUCGAAGAUUGUUAUAAUGAAAGAAAAAGAUUACCAUGGAGAAGGUAUGCUAUGGAUAAUAAAGAGAAAAAGAAACCUGAAAGCGAAGAUGAAAUUGAAGCUGAUGAAUCUCCACAAGGAACACCUAAUCCAUUCGAAGAGGACACAGAUUCUGAAACCUAUUAUUAAUUAAAAAUAGAGAUAACGAAUCGUUUUUUAUAAAAAAAAUAUUGAAAGUAAAUUAACUAUAGUUUAUCUUAGUACAUCACAAUAAAAAGAAUUUUAAUUAUUUAACUAACAAUAAAAAAAUUCUAUUUACUGAUGUACUGUAUUUAGUAUGUAUAGAAGGGCUGAAAAGUUGAGAAUUUUCAAAACACAAACUUUUAGUUCUACAAGAUUUACUGUCAUGAGAUUCACUCUCAUUCUAAGAUAAAACUAAUUUAUUUUAAUUAUUCAUUUGAUAAUUCUGUAGAUUUUUAUUUAC